UAUUGACCUAACUUUAGUGUAAUGUGCGUCGGGAACUUCUGUUUCUUCCGGACUUGUGCUACUGCCACUGCCACUGGCAUACGCACAGGCAGGAAAACCAGUCACUAAUAUUUACGCCUCUUUGCAAACUGCGACGGAUACAAUAACCUCCGCAGGUACAGGUGCUGAAUAAUAGCUGCAGCACCUCAAUAACGAAGUAUUACAGUAUCUGUAGUUACAUUCUUCUGUUUGGAGGGUUCGUAAUAGUGUUUCUGUAAGAGAAAAUGAGCUGGGAAGACGAGAGUAUUGGCCCGGAUGUGAUUGCUGCGGGGCGUGUAGUGAGUGAUUGCAUAAGCAGAGGCUCCUACACUUCUCCUGAUUUGGAGGAAGCCCUUGAAGCUUCCAGAUACUCCAGUCAGCCUUACACUUCUCCUCAUAAAGAGUGGCCUCGUUCUAUUGAAGUUGUUAAUGCUAGAGAGUUGCCGCCUGUUUUAAUAGAUCGUUACAAUGCAGCUGGAGGUGAAGGUACAGCCCUUUGUGGUAUAUUUCCUGAGAUUCGGAGGGCUUGGGCUUCUGUUGACAAUUCUUUGUUCCUUUGGCGAUUUGAUAAAUGGGAUGGACAAUGCCCAGAAUAUAGUGGUGAGGAGCAAGCGAUAUGUGCUGUAGGACUUGCAAAAGCCAAGCCUGGUAUUUUUGUUGAAGCAAUACAGUAUCUUUUGGUGCUUGCUACCCCUGUUGAGUUGAUUCUCCUGGGAGUAUGCUGCACUAGCAGUGCUGAUUAUACAGAUCCAUUUGAUGAAAUUUCUUUACAACCAUUGCCUGAGUAUACAAUACCAACAGACGGAGUUACUAUGACUUGUGUGGCAUGCACAGACAGAGGCCAGAUCUUUCUUGCUGGGCGGGAUAGCCACAUAUAUGAAUUACAGUAUUCUACAGGUUCAGGCUGGCAGAAACGUUGUCGCAAAGUCUGUCAUACAGGAGGGCUAGGCAACCUGUUUUCAAGGUGGGUGUUGCCUAAUGUUUUGAAGUUUGGAGCUGUAGAUCCAAUUGUGGAGUUAGUAAUUGAUAAUGAAAGACAUAUUUUGUAUGCGCGGACACAGGAGUCUAAGAUUCAGGUAUUUGAUCUUGGGAAGGAGGGAGAUGGUCCUCCUAAAAAAGUUGCAGAAGAAAGAAAUUUGAGUGAUCAUAGGGAUAGCCGCUACGGAGGUGGUCGGUCAAUGGGAAGUAGGGCAGCAUCGAGGCUGUCUAAGACAUCCAUUGUCUCACUUGCAACUGUGUCUACGGUAGAGUCAAAAUGGAUACAUCUUAUUGCUGUUGCUUCAGAUGGUCGUCGUAUGUAUCUCUCUACAGCUUCAAGUAUUGGGACUAGUGGUCCUGUUGGAGGAUUGACUGGUUUAAAUGGCAGUUAUCAAAAACCAUCAGUUUUAAAGGUGGUAACGACACGUCCUUCCCCUUCAAUUGGGCUUGGAAGUGGUAUUACAUUUGGAAGCCCUUCAGUUGGUGGCCGUUCUCAAGCUGAAAGCUUGGUGAUGAAAAUAGAAACAGCUUACUGUUCUGGUGGUGUUCUUUUGCUUUCUGACUCUUCGCUUCCAACCACUUCUAGGUUGAUAAUUGUUAAUCGGGAUUUGACCUCAUUGUCAGCGACAUCAGGUAACUUUACUUUAGGCGGAAUAACAACCACAGGUAGAGGUUCUCGUGCAUUAAGAGAAACAGUAACCGAGUUGGCUGUUGAGGGUAGAACUCUUUCUUUGGCUGACGUCUUGCCCCCUCCAGAGUGCACAACUGCUGUGCAAGCUUCGUUGUUGGAAUUAUGCGACUCUGGAAGCAUUGAAGAGUCCAGUGAAAUGACUAGAGCCAAGAAAUUAUGGGCACUGGGUGAGUUAGCUACACAACACAUCCUUCCAAGGAGGAGAGCUGCUGUUUUUAGUACAAUGGGUCUGAUGGAAAUUGUAUUUAACAGGCCUAUAGAUAUAUUGCAAAGGUUAUUGGAAUCCAGUGCAACAAGAUUUUUGCUAGAGGACUUCUUUCAGCGUUUUGGAUCAGGAGAAGCUGCAGCAAUGUGUCUUCUAUUGGCUGCUCGACUUACAUCCAGUCAAGAGAACAUAGUGUCACAUGUUGUUGCUGAAAAGGCUGCCGAAGCAUUUGAGGAUCCAAGACUUGUUGGUAUGCCCCGAAUGCAGGGUACAGGUACAUUGAUGAAUAGUAUCACCCCUGGAGCUGGAUUUAAUAUGGGGCAAGUUGUGCAAGAUGCUGAGCCAGUUUUCUCUGGUGCUCACGAGGGUCUAUGCUUGUGUGCAUCAAGAUUGCUCUGGUCUGUGUGGGAACUUCCAGUUAUGGUUGUUAAGGGAGAGUCUGGAAGUGAUAUGGAUACAGACAAUGCAAUUAUUGCCUGCAGACUUCCAAUGGAUGUGAUGCAGAUUCUUGGAAAUAAAAUACAUUCAUUGGAACAAUUUUUGAGGUCAAGGAGAAACCAGAGUAGAGGACUGUAUGGUCGUGUUGUUGGUGUGGGAGACAUGGCUGGUUCUAUUCUGUACAAUGCAAACCAGAGCUUUGGGACAACAGACCAAACUGGAGGAAGACAUGUUUUAAACAUUCCUGUUCGCAAUGGGGAACAAGGAAGUAUCCCAGCACCAUCCAACAAAAGACAGAGGGUUCCCUACAAUCCAGCAGAGCUAUCUGCUUUUGAGGUUAGAAGCAUGGAGUGCAUAAGGCGAUUGCUAAGAAGAUCGGGCGAAGCACUUCUUCUUCUUCAACUUCUUUCUCAACACCAUGUGGCUAGGCUAGCACAGAGCUUGGAUAGUAGCAUGCGACGAAAAUUAGCUCACUUGACAUUCCAUCAGCUUGUCUGUUCAGAUGAGGGUGACCUGAUUGCUACAAAAUUAGUUGCUGCAUUGAUGCAGUAUUAUAUUGGGCCAGAUGGUAGAGGAAGUGUGGAUGACAUCAGUGUCAAAUUGAGGGACGGAUGCCCAAGCUAUUACAAUGAAUCAGAUUACAAAUUUUUUCAAGCAGUUGAGUGCCUGCACAGAGCUAACACUGCUGUGGAUUUUGAAGAGAAGCAGAAAUUGGCAAGACAAGCUCUGGAUCUCUUGGUUAAAGUUCCUGAAGCUGCUGACUUGCUAACUUUAUGUCAGCGAUUUGAAGAUUUGAGAUUUUAUGAAGCCGUUGUGGAGCUUCCUUUGCAAAAAGCACGGGCUCUGGAUCCUAAUGAGGAUGCAUUUAAUGAACAAAUUGAUCCAAAUCGUCGACAAGCUGCUAUUGUCCUCCGGGAACAGUGUUACGAGUUUGUGAUGAAUGCCCUUCGAUCUUUGAAGGGUGAACCUGGACAUACAAGAAUACAUACAGAGUUUGGAUCUCCUGUCAGACAUACUGCAAGCAGCUCCAUACUUGACCAGGCUUCUCAAGAACGAUAUAUACGUCAAAUUGUUCAACUUAGUGUCCGGUGGCCCGAUAGAGCAUUUCAUGAGUACUUAUACCGAACAAUGAUUGAACUUGGCCUGGAGAAUGAACUAUUGGAACUAGCUGGUCCAGAUCUUGUACCUUUCUUGCAGAAUGCAAGUCGGGAGCAGUCCAAGUCUGGGAAUUUAAUGUUUAAGUCAUCAAUCACUUCCUCUCCAUCAAUUACUCACGGACAUCCAUCUGUGGUGGUUCCACAAGCCAAAUACUUGGAACUUCUUGCUCGUUAUUAUGUACACAAAAGGCAACAUGCACUUGCAGCACAUGUAUUCUUGAGGCUUGCAGAAAGGAGGCAAGCAGAAGGUGGCGAAAUGUUGACAUUGGACCAAAGAUUUCAUUAUCUCAGUGAUGCUGUGUUACAAGCAAGGAGUGCUAGUGGAACUGGUACUUCAGGAAGCAUUAUGACAGAUUAUUCUGACAAUGGAUUGUUGGAACUUCUUGAAGGAAAACUUGCUGUAUUGCGUUUCCAAAUGAAAGUCAAAGAAGAAUUAGAACAACUAGCAUCUAGAAAUGACACUAUCAUGGGAACAGAUGAUUCGUCACCUUCAGGAGAUCCAUUUCCUCCAAGGAACACCGCUACUGAAGAUCAUCUUGCACAGUCUGCAAGGGAAAAGGCUGCAGAUAUAUCAUUAGAGUUAAAGAGUAUUACACAACUCUAUAAUGAUUAUGCUGUUCCUUUUGAACUUUGGGAGAUCUGUUUGGAAAUUCUUCACUUCUCAAAUUAUGCUGGAGAUGGAGACAGUGGCAUCAUGCGGGAGAUGUGGGCUCGGUUACUCGAUCAAGCUCUUACAAGAGGAGGUGUUGCAGAAGCUUGUUUGGUUGUGAGGAGAGUUGGUUCUAAAUUAUAUCCGGGAGAUGGUGUUAGCUUACCUUUAGAUACAAUAUGUCUUCAUCUUGAAAAGGCAGCAUUGGAACGAUCAACUUCAGGUGUUGAACUCGUUGGAGAUGAGGAUGUGGCAAGGGCAUUAUUUGCUGCUUGUAAAAACACAGCAGAAAUUGUUCAACGCGCAUAUGAUCGGUUAUUAUCAAGUGGAAGCAUCUUACCAUCCCCAUCUCUUCGCCUGCGACUUCUGCGAUCAGUGCUAACAGUUCUUCGUGAGUGGACACUCUCAGCCCUCGCACAAAGGAUGGGCACAACUGCCAAUGGCGCUUCUCUUAUCCUUGGAGGAGUUUUGACUCCUGAGCAAACUUGUGCUAUACAUCAAGGAAUUAAAGACAAAAUAAUAAGUGCUGCAAACAGGUAUAUGACAGAGGUUCGGAGGUUAGCACUUCCACCAGUCCAUACAGAACCUGUAUACCGUGGGUUUCAAGAGUUGGAGGAAAUGCUGCUGGGGUCGUCCACUUUCUAGUUUCACUGUAAAAUUUUAGUUUUCCUGGAGGCAAUCCAAGGUUUCCUGUUUGGACAUAACAUGUGUAGAUUAGUAGUCUUAUCAUAUUAUUUAUGAGGGCAGUCAAGCAUUCUUUAAUUGUAUGUUUAGUUUAUUAUGUUCUUGGUGCUUCAAAUUUUCCGAUGUUUGUUGAUUCUUACGGUGAAGUUGCGCAUCCAGUAACUCCUGUAUCUCAUUGUAUCAGGAUAGUGUUCAUGUUGUAUGGUAUUCAAUUUUGAGAGAAGAGAAAUGUUGUAAUCUUGCCACAAGUAGCAAGUCCUGCUUGAUCACCUUGAGUUGCAAUUCUAAAUUGUAGGUAAGUUUCUUA